AUGGGGUCGGAACACCCGAGCCCGCAGAACCCUGGCUGCAAGAUCAUGACCUUCCGGCCCUCGCUGGACGAGUUCCGCGACUUCGGCAGGUUCAUCGCCUUCAUGGAGUCCCAGGGAGCCCACCGGGCUGGGCUGGCCAAGGUGAUCCCCCCCAAGGAGUGGAAGCCGCGGCGCACGUACGACGACAUCGACGACAUGGUGAUCCCAGCGCCCAUCCAGCAGGUGGUCACGGGCCAGUCGGGGCUCUUCACCCAGUACAACAUCCAGAAGAAGCCCAUGAGCGUGGGCGAGUACCGGCGCCUGGCCAACAGCGAGAAGUACUGCACCCCCCGGCACCAGGACUUCGAGGACCUGGAGCGCAAGUACUGGAAGAACCUCACCUUUGUGUCUCCCAUCUAUGGGGCUGAUAUCAGUGGCUCCCUCUAUGAUGCAGACGUGGAUGAGUGGAACAUUGGCAACCUGAACACCCUCCUGGACAUGGUGGAGCACGAGUGUGGCAUCAUCAUCGAGGGUGUGAACACUCCCUACCUCUACUUUGGGAUGUGGAAGACAACUUUUGCUUGGCACACAGAGGACAUGGAUCUCUACAGCAUCAACUACUUGCAUUUUGGGGAGCCCAAAUCCUGGUAUGCCAUUCCCCCGGAGCACGGCAAGAGGCUGGAACGCCUGGCAAAAGGAUUUUUCCCAGGAAGCUCUCAGGGAUGUGAUGCUUUCCUCCGUCACAAGAUGACCCUCAUUUCUCCCUCCAUCCUGAAGAAGUAUGGGAUUCCCUUUGACAGGAUCACCCAGGAGGCCGGGGAGUUCAUGAUCACAUUUCCCUAUGGGUACCACGCUGGCUUCAAUCACGGCUUCAACUGCGCCGAGUCCACCAACUUCGCCACCCUGCGCUGGAUCGACUACGGCAAGAUGGCAACACAGUGCACGUGCCGCAAGGACAUGGUGAAGAUCUCCAUGGACGUGUUUGUCAGGGUGCUGCAGCCCGAGCGCUACGAGCUCUGGAAGCAGGGCAAGGACAUCGCUGUGCUGGACCACAUGAAGCCCACGGCCCUGAGCAGCCCCGAGCUCGACGCCUGGAACGAGACCAAGGCAGAGCUGAAGGCAAAGCUGCUCCGGAGGAUAGGAGAUGAGGAAGAGGACAGCAAACACCGGUCUCACAGAAAAAGGAGUCAGCCCAGAAGACACAAAACAGAGGAUCAGAAGUCUCUUGGGGAUGUCAUGGCUAUUGAAACUGCCUUGGAAGAUGUGAAAGUAAAAGAGGAGCUGAAAAGGGGGCCGGAUCUGGAGGAAGAGGAGAGAAGCAAAGGGAUGGAGGGAGAAGCAGGCGAGUGCAAGGCCAAGGCGCGGCCCCCGAAGGCCAAGGCCGAGCGGAAGAAGAAGCAGCUGUUCCCCCCUCAGCCCCUGGGGCCGCCCCCGGGGCCCGUCCCGGCCCCUCAGCCCUCUCCCGAGGCCGGCCCGGGCCCGGCACGGCCCCCGGGGCCCCCCUCAGCCCCGGGCACGGAGCAGGGCCGGCCCGUGGCCCCGCUGAACGUGGUGCAGCCCUCGGAGGCGCCGGCCGAGGAGGACGACUUCAAGCCGCGGCCCAUCAUCCCCAUGCUGUACGUGGUGCCCCGCAGCAAGAAGGUGGUGUUCGACAAGGAGCACAUGUCCUGCCAGCAGGCCUUCGAGCAGUUCGCCACGCAGAAGGGGCUGGGCUGGCGCGAGCCGGGCCCGCCGCAGGGCCCCGGCAAGGAGCAGGAUGGCGCCGAGGCCGAGCGCGCCCCGCUCACCGCCGAGGCUGCUUCUGCCUUCUCCAAGAUGAAGAUGGAGAUCAAGAAGAGCCGCCGGCACCCGCUGGGCAAGCCCCCGACGCGCUCCCCGCUGUCCGUGGUCAAACAGGAGACCUCGAGUGACGAGGAAAUGUUUCCAUUUUCUGGAGAGGAAGAUAUGAGUGAUCCAGAGGCUUUGAAAUCUUUACUUUCCUUCCAGUGGAAGAACAAAGCACUUAAUUUCCCAGCUGAAAGGAAGUUCAAUGCAGCUGCUGCCCUGAGUGAGCCAUACUGUGCUGUCUGCACCCUCUUCUACCCCUAUAACCAGUCCUCACAGGUGGAGAAGGAAGCUGCCCCAGUCUCUGCAGGGGAGCCGUCCUCGUUCCUGCACCUUUCCAAGUGUGGCCAGAGGACCAAGCCCCUGAUCCCAGAGAUGUGCUUUACCUCAAGUGGAGAAAACACCGAGCCCCUUCCUUCAAAUUCCUACAUUGGAGAGGAUGGAACCAGUCCCUUGAUAUCCUGUGCCAAAUGCUGCCUGCAGGUUCAUGCUAGCUGUUACGGGAUACGCCCGGAGCUGGUGAACGAGAGCUGGUCGUGCUCGCGGUGCUCGGCCGGCGCCUGGGCAGCGGAAUGUUGCCUGUGCAAUCUCAGGGGAGGAGCUCUCCAGAUGACCACUGAUGGCAGGUGGGUCCACGUCAUCUGUGCCAUUGCUGUCCCCGAGGCGCGCUUCCUCAAUGUCAUCGAGCGUCAUCCUGUGGAUAUCAGCGCCAUCCCCGAGCAGAGGUGGAAACUGAGGUGUGUGUACUGCAGGAAGAGGAUGAAGAAGGUGUCUGGGGCCUGUGUCCAGUGCUCCUACGAGCACUGCUCCACGUCCUUCCACGUGACGUGCGCGCACGCGGCCGGCGUGCCCAUGGAGCCCGACGACUGGCCCUACGUGGUGUCCAUCACCUGCUUCAAGCACAAAGCUGCAAACCAGAACGUGCCGUUCCGCAGGGAGGUGGCCCUGGGGCAGACAGUGAUCACCAAGAACAGGAACGGGCUCUACUAUCGCUGCAGGGUCAUCGGCACCAGCACCCAGACCUUCUACGAGGUCAACUUCGACGAUGGCUCCUACAGCGACAACGUCUACCCCGAGAGCAUCAUUAGCAGGGACUGCAUCCAGCUGGGGCCCCCUCCCGAGGGGGAGCUGGUGCAGCUGCAGUGGACGGACGGGAUCAUCUACAAGGCCAAGUUCAUUGCAGCCCAGAUCAGCCACAUUUACCAGGUGGAGUUUGAGGAUGGCUCUCAGCUAAUGGUGAAGCGUGGGGAUAUUUAUACCUUGGAGGAAGAGCUUCCCAAGAGAGUCAAGUCUCGCCUGUCCCUCAGCACUGGGGCCCCUCAGGAAGAUGUAUUUUCAGGAGAUGAAGUGAGAGCAGCCAAGCGUCCCCGGCUGGGGAAUCCAAGGAAUCCUGAGGAAUAUGGACAAACCCCAGAUUACUUGGCCUUCAUGGAGAGCCUGUUGCAGACACAGUACCAGCCUGGGACUCAGAGCAACAUGUUUUAACCAGGAUUCAUUCAAAAUAUUCAAUUAACCCUUUUUGAGUUAGUGGAAAAAUAAAUAGGAAACUGUGGAAUGGAAGACCAGCCCUGUGCAAUAGCCUGCUGUGAAUUUCUUUCAUCUCCUCUUGGUUUGGACUGCAGGAAAUAAAUCCCUGUCUGGCUGCUACCUCGACCUUGCCAGGAGUUGCUGACCAAGAGCUGGGGAGCUUGGAAACCCUUCAGCUUUUCACACGGAGACUUUGGAAGAGUUUCUACAGAUGGAGCUUUGUGACUGGUUCUUUUUUAUGAGGAAAGGGUUAAAAUUUAACAAAAUGACUUUUUCAGAUCUGUCAAACUUUUGUCUUUCAAGGUGCUAUUACAUUGACUACUGAAGCAGCCUUUGGAAUCGUGUUUUCUGUACAUAGACGUCACCUUUGUGAAGUUUUCUAUGAAUGAGCAUUAUUAAAAAAAAAAGCAAGCAAAAAUAGGAAAAUGAAAGUUUCCACAAAACAUUUUUCUAGAUUAUGGCUUUAAAACAGAAAAUAAAUUAAAUCCUCCCCCCCUCACCCCCAAACGAAUUGUGACUGAUGUUACAGCGGGGAGAGGGAGAGCAAGAGCAGAUGUCCUGGAAUGUUCUGGGUUCUUCUUUUGUAAAGAAACACUAUCUUUGUAAGCUGGGGAAGGUGGGGGAAGAAAUGUUCACUGCUGGGGUGUUUCUGCCAUUGGCUCUCUGCACGCCCUGGGCUGGAUGUUGGCAUCGCUGCCACGUCCCCAGGGAGGGGCUUAGGGAAGAAAUGGCCAGGUUUGGGUCAUUCCUGUCAUCUUCCUUCCCCAUCUUUGCCAUCACAGUUGCUUUCUAGUUCAGGAUCAGCAUGGCUUUGAGUUCCAGUGUGCCACCCUGGUUUGGCAGUGUUCUGUUGCUGCUUGUGUUAGCUCCCCACGAGCCAGAGGCUCCCGGCAGCACUUCUCCCUUAGCACUUAUCCUUUCUCUUUCCUUUGUCUCUUUAUUUUUUAAUUUUUUUUUUGAGUUGUGCUCCUUACAGUGUGAGAAUCAUUCCAUGACAGAAGCUUGGGAGGUGUUUGUAUGUUUUUCUUUUAUCCUAUUAAAGAAGAAAUUCCUCAAA